UCAUCCCGCCAAAGAAGAGAUGCUCCGGAAUAAGUUUUCGGAAACAACAUAACGGGGAUUUUGACACGUGCUUUAGCUGUCAAAGAAACUGUUAUGCUUUUCUUAAAAAGGACUUCUAAUUUUAAUAAUAAUAUUUAAGUUUUCGCAAGAAAAAAAGUUUUGAUUAAUUGUUUUAAUUAAUAGUAUUUUAAUUUUGUAAUUGUUAAAUUAUACAGCUUUACCUAAAACAAAAUGUAAUAUUUUGCCUGAGUACUUGAUUAAAAAAAUCCCGUUGGGAAUUAACAAAAAUGUGUGAAUAAAACAUGACUUAUAAUUUAACAGUUUCUUAGUUCAGCACUUAUUGAACUAUGUUCUCUUCAAAAAUUAACUUAAUAUUUCACGACAUUUUUGUUCUAUAGUAACUAUUUUAUAGCGAAAAUGACAAGAAACAAGAUGAAAAUAAGGACUUUUUUACAUAGCUCUAUAACAAGCCAUUAUGAAACAAUCAAUUGGUACUGGAUGCUAAACAGGACGUUGGUGUUAUUGUGUUUAUUGUUAUGUUUAGCGAAUUUUAGUGUUGUUGGAUUUAAUAUCGAUACCAGGACAGCUCUUGUUCAUCAUGGAGUAAAUGGUUCUAUGUUUGGUUAUGCUGUAUCCUUACACAGAGACAGGGAUGAUGGAUGGUUACUAAUAGGGGCACCAAAAGCACAAACAAGACAACCAAACGUCACAGAAGGAGGAGCUGUUUACAGAUGCACAAUAAAUCAACCAGCAGUUUGCCAAAGGAUACCAUUUGAUGACUCUGGUCCAGGUCAAAUUACUCUCAGAGGUCAAAAAGAAAGAACAGAUAACAAAUCUCAUCAGUGGUUUGGAGCAACAGUUCAAAGUUCGGGAGAAAAUGGAUUCAUUGUGGCAUGUGCUCCCCGAUAUGUUUAUUUUUCAAGUAAUUUAAAAAGACAUGAUCCAGUUGGUACAUGUUGGGUUGUAAGAAGUUCCUUCCAGCACUAUCAGGAAUACUCACCAUGUAAAACACUUGCUUGGGGCUAUCAUAGACAGGGUUAUUGUCAAGCAGGAUUUUCAGUUGCUGUGACUAAAGAUGGCAGGCAACUUUUCAUUGGUUCCCCCGGAAGUUGGUACUGGCAAGGUCAGCUGUAUUCUCAAGAUUUACUAUCGAAAGAUAUGCUGCACGGUACUCCAGAAGGACCUGCAGAGUUUGAUACCAGCUAUCUAGGAUAUUCUAUGGCUAUUGGUGAAUUUACUGGUGACCGAAGUCCUGAUAUAGUUGUUGGAGUACCUCGAGGAAAUCGACUCACAGGAAAGGUUUGCUUGUUCAACUCGACUAUAUACAAUCUUAUUAACAUUUCUGGCGAGCAACUGGGAUCAUAUUUCGGUUACUCCGUGUGUGUUGUUGAUGUCAAUGGAGACAGGUUAGAUGACAUCAUAGUCGGUGCACCAUUCUAUACAGAUUUGAAAGCCAAAGAUGGAAGCUAUGAAAAAGGAAGAAUAUAUAUCAUUCAUCAAACGAGAAAACACAACUUUCGCAUUCGUGGUCAUAUUGAUGGUGCUUACUCUGGAGGUAGAUUUGGUCUAUCCCUUGCUUCCCUCACUGAUAUUAACAGGGACGGCUAUGGAGAUGUAGCUGUUGGAUGCCCGUAUGGUGGAAACGAUGGAAAAGGAGUCGUAUUUAUUUUCCACGGGAGUGCGUCGGGGAUCGUGAAUAAGCCAUCGCAAGUUAUUUUUUCAUCUGAUUUACCAAGAUCUAUGGCUACAUUUGGAUUUUCUAUUGCAGGAGGAAUGGAUCUGGAUAAUAACGAAUACCCUGAUCUUUUAAUUGGAGCGUAUGAAUCUGACACGGCAGUCUACCUCAGAUCACGGCCAGUUAUUCAAACAAGCGCUUCCCUUAAAAUAACUCCAGAACAAAUCAAUCUAGAUGAAAAAAGCACCACAAGUUGUGAGCUUUAUGAUAAAACAAUAGUUUCUUGCGUAGUUGUUUCGUUCUGUUUGGAAUUUACUGGAAUAGGAAUACCUCCUCACGUUGCUUUCAUAUAUCGAAUGAAGUUGGAUGCUGAUAACAAAGCCCCAAGAGUUUUUUUCUUAACUGACGAGAAUAAGAAUGAACAAAAUGUUUCCAUACAAAUUAGAAAGGAAUCUAAAUAUUGCAAGAGCAUAUAUGUUUAUCUUAGAAAUAAUGUUAGAGACAAAUUGACUCCAAUAGCUGUUGAAGUUUCUUAUCAAAUUUAUGACCAUUUUCCUGACUUGCAAGAGUUAAAACCAAUUUUGAAUCAGAAUCUCCCUAACAACUUAACAAAACAGAUAAAUAUUCAAAAGAACUGCGGUAAAGAUAAUGUAUGCAUUCCUGACAUAAAAGUGCAAGUCACUCCGAAUAUGCAGCAAUUUUUGAUUGGAAGUCAGAAAAAGUUAGAAAUGAAUGUUAUUAUCAUAAAUGCUGGUGAAGAUGCUUUUGAGACAAUGCUUUAUGCUACAAUUCCUGUUGCAGUCAACUUUGUCAAAAUUGAAAAAAUAAAACCAUUGGACACUUUUGUGGGCUGCUCAAUGUUAGAAAUGACCGACGAAGACCACAACGAAAUAGCUUGUGAUCUGGGAAAUCCUAUGCCUGCCAACUCUACAUUAGCUUUUAAAAUUUUGCUGGCUCCGUCAAAAUCUUUGUCUGCAAGACAGGAUCUGAAAUUUACUGUUAAAGUUAACAGCACUAAUGCUGAGCUGAUUGAAACGCUAUAUGAUAACUUAAGGGAAUUUAAUUUACCUGUAAGAGUGGAAGUUAAUGUUACUAUACACGGUAUUUCCGAGCCUCAAGUUAUUGCAUACAAUAAAAGCGACCUACUUCCAUCAGUAAAAAUCAGCGAAAGUGAAGCGGGACCUGAGGUCAUCCACGUUUAUGCAGUUGGAAAUAAAGGACCAAGUAUGGUACGUGAAGCUGAAGUCGAUAUUCUGUGGCCCACCUUUACUCUUCAAAACAAACCUCUACUUUACCUAAUGGAACAACCUGAAGUGCAAGGGAAAGGCCGCUGUAAAGAAAUUCCUGAUGUGAACCCACAUAAUUUAAAAAUAGAACUAAAGAAACCUCACAGUAGUGGUUUAACUGACCUUGAAGAGAAACUUUCGUCCAAAGAAAACAGAUAUCCCGAGGAAGAAGAGAAACGUACAAGAGAAAAAAGAAACGUGGAACCAAGUAUCCCAAACCCAUUCCAAGAAGAAAUGUCUUGUGGUCCAACACUGUGUACAAAAAUCGAAUGCACCGUUUAUAAUCUGACAAAAGAUGAACAAGUAAUAUUUAUGAUCAGAUCGAGACUAUGGAAAAACACAUUAGAUGAGCUGGGCUUAGACGAUGUCCAAAUAUCCUCUAAACUAGUCAGUCGAGUUACAGCACUUCCUCACGGUGUUGAUCCCACCUAUCUUGGUUAUAAAGCUCUAUUUGUAACAACGAAAGUUGAUCCUGAAACAGUAACUCAUCAGUUUCAUAUGAUUCCGUGGUGGAUUCUGAUACUUUCAGUUUCGGUUGGACUCCUAAUUCUUGGACUUCUAGCUUUAGUUCUUUGGCAGCUGGGCUUCUUUCGCCGUCGACGAGUUGAAGAUCAAAUGGAAGAACCCCUACACGCUUACAGAAAUGGUUAUCCACUUGCUAGAGGAGAUGAAUAUUUGUAGAGAAACUUUACACUGUUUGACUCAUAUGAAAUAAUCAAAAGCAUUAAUUAGAGUCAUUUUUCUACUAAUAAACUUCCGUUUGCUCUUUAAUAUUCAAGACAUUUUAAAAAAGUAAACAUUUCAUCGAGUCGUGAAUAAUUUGUUUUAUUUAAAGAACACCGUUGGGGAAAAUUUGUGUGACACAUGUGUACUUACUUUUGAAGAGCUUUUUUAGUUUUCCCUUUAACUGAUGGAUCACUUACUGUCCAGCUAUCACAAGAACUUCUCCAGACAUCAGACUCACAUGUCGGUGGUUGCUAUGGUUACGAAGAUACGUUACUUUAAAUAGGAGCAUGUGAUUGUUUGUCUGGCCUGUUCAUUAGAAGUGUGACGUCAGUUUUAAAUUUCUCACCUGAGCCACCUUCUAGAACCCUUCAGGGACAUAAGUGGACUUAAGAAUGACUUCUUGUUUUCAUAGCAGCAGACAAUUUCAGACAUUGGUACAGAGGAUUUCCUUGAAGGAGUUCCCUUCGAAGUACUAUUUCUUCAUUAAAAACCAUUAAAAACUAUUUUGAUGUACUAAAAAAGCAGCUAGAUUUUACUCCGAACUGAGUUCAGGACUGACAGCUAAAAUGUUUAACGAAUAUCUUUCUGUGUAACAAAUUGAUCGAAAGAUAGUGUAUAUAAUUUGUUUGUGUUUUGUGUAUAAAGAUAUCAUCGAACAAAAUAUAUUAUUAAGAGACAAAUAAGUUGCUUGUACUAAUUUCAUAGUGUUAUUUAAUAUUUUACUUAAAAUACGAUACUGUUGGACAAAGAUACGCUUUUGAAAUAUUAUUUAUAAUUUUGAGGAAAAGGAACUAGAAAAAUCUAAUAAAUGAUUGUAGAGUUUAUGUGCUGCUUUAAAUUAUUUGUAAUAUUUUCUGUAUAAUAUUUCCUUCUUCAUGAACAUAUUACUUUUUCAACGUUAAUGUGUUGCAGCAUAAGAAUUAUUACGAAGUAUUCAAGGCUUAAAAAAUUGAAUAAUGUAAUGUGAAUUGGUUAUUUUACCGUGAAAUAUUUGAAUGAACCCUUAGAUAUUUUCAAACAAUAAGAGAAAUAAGCAAAUCUUUAAUUAAGUUUGGAAAACUUAAACCUGAUAUGCACGAGGAUACCUUUUAACGUAAAAUUUUUUUAUCAUAUAAUCAAAAAAAUCUGAAAAAAAAAUUCUUAUUUUCAAUAAUUUAAGAGAUGGGACAGUAGAUUUUCUUUCAUAUAAAUUAUAGUGCAUCUAUUUUUCAUCUACAAUUUUUUUUCUCAGAACGUCAUAUAAUUAGGUUUGUCUCUUAACGUUAUAUGAAAUAAUUCUAUUAUUUGUCCUAUGUUUUUUACUUGACCUGAUAUAAUCUAUAUUGUAAAUUAAUGACACAAUUCAAUUAAAUAACCUUAAUUCAUAGAGAAGCAGGAACGAGAAAUUAAGAAACAAUAAUGCCUAUAAUUUAUCAUUUGAAAUUUACGAAUAAAUAAUAAAAAAUUUUCUGCAAAAUUUUCCAAAUUUUAAAAAGAGGAGUGAAAAAUAACCAGUCAGAUAGCUAAAUAUCUGAAACUACCUGUUUUUUAAAGGGUAAUUUUCUCGUUGCAUAAAAAAUCUGCAUUUUGACUACGGUUAUGCUAUUAUAAAGAAAGAGGGAUGUAAACUUUGUAACGGCGUUGUUAUUGCUUUGAAUAAGGAAAUAUUCGCGAGAAAAAUACUGUACAUGUCUAUCUAUACUUUAUUUCUGUAACUAUCUGUACUAAUGGUUUAAAAAAAUAUGAUUUUAAAUUUAAUAUACAUAAAUUUCGCUUUCAUCUGUUUUUUAGUUUAAUCAAAUCGAAAUAUUUAUGUUAUCACUUGUUUAACUUCAGAAAUAUUUCUCCGUAGUAAAGACUUCUAACAAUCUUUUCAAGAUUUAUUUUAUUUAUUUAUUUGUAUUAAUAUAAAAUUAUCAUAAUUUCAAAUAUGACUAUCUAGUUCGACUUUAUUAUUCUUACUUAUAUUUAUUAUAUUAAUAUUUUGUACGCGUGUUUUUAAUUAGACUUUCUGUUUCAUAAAAUACGCAGUUUAUAACUACUUAAAACAGUUUAUUUUAUUUCAUUUAACCUCAUGUAAAAUACUGACGAAAAUUAUGUAGGUUUGUGUAACACCAUGAGAAAUUUUGUAUCUAUUUUUGUUAGUUUAACUUCCUUUUUCCGCUGAACAAAAUCCACACUGUGACCUGUUGGAGAUUGUACAGUGGAGAUUUAUUAAAAACUCUGUUGCCAUAUUAGAUAGCGCUUAUUACGUGCUAUUUUUAUGCAUUUUGUGAGUUAGUAAGUUAUUCAUGACUAUAGUUGGCUGAACUUUGUCAAUUUUUGAACAGCUCAUUUUUGCUAAUUAUGAAAAAUUCCGUAAAAUGUCAGCAUGAAGAUAUGCCAAAAUUUUGUAGAAACGAAAAGUGCUUAGUUGACCAAUUAUUUAAUAAUUGAAAGUUAAUUCUUUGUUUAAACUCAUAAACAAAGUUGUUUGUUUAAACUCAUAAAAAUAGCUAAAAUUGAAAAUUAUUUAUUGAUUUUAGUAGUUUUUAUAAGGCUUGAAAAAAUGUGCCGAAUUGACGAUUUUUUUCUAAAAAGUGUAAUUUUUUUAAGUUAUUUGAACAAAUAUUCUUUUAAGCAAGAUAAAUUAUAUAAUUCAAAAAAGUUUAAAAUACUAAAAUCGAAAACCUUAAUGUACUCAAAGUGGGGGUUAAAGUACUCAAAAGAUGUCAUUAUUUUAUUUCUUGACGCAAGCGCUUUGAAGUACACACUGAACAGAGAGAAGUAGGCUGAAUCUCUCCACCGUUAUCUUGCUCACCCCCCCCCCAGAGUCUUACAUUAUAACAGGAAUAGCCCAGUCAUUCUUCGAAAGAUACAAAAUUAAUGCGUAAUUA